CCCUACCCAAACCCUACGAAGUCCUUCUGGAUUGAGGAAGGACCUCACACCUUAAAGGAACAUCGCACAACAGAUGAGCUUCCAACAGAGAUUGAUGUGGUGAUAAUUGGCUCUGGCUACAGCGGUACCUCGGUGGCUUGCGGACUGCUGCUGAGCAAGACCUCUCUUUUCAAGAAAAGACCAAGUGUGGUCAUGCUGGAAGCAAGAGACGUAUGUUCUGGUGCUACAGGCCGGAAUGGCGGCCACAUCCGCAGCUUUUACCACAGCGGACAUAAGCAUUUUGUUGAUCAGGUUGGCGAGAAGAAGGCGGCAGAGAUGGUGAUGUUUGAACAUGACGAGUUGAGUAAAGUCGAGAAGCUUGUCAAAAAGUACAAAAUAGAUUGCAACUUCGAUCCACGCUUAUCUUGCCAAACGGUUGACGACCCAAGAGUGUACCAGUCGUCUCUGGACAAUUACUACGCUUUUCAGAAUAACAAGUAUAUUCCUCAAAGUAUCAAGGACUGUGUUAAGAUCCGCUUUGUUCCAGAGGCAGAUGAAGUCUCGGAACACAAAGCCGGGCCGUUCUGCAUUACUGCUCCAACGUGCUCCAUUUGGCCUUACAAACUGAUCACUUCCUUACUUCGCAGAUGCAUAGAUACCGGAUUGAAUCUUCAGACUUACACUAUGGUGGAAAACCUCAAGCCUACUUGCGAUGGCGGGUGGAUUGUUUCGACCUCAAGAGGCCCAAUCAAGUGUAAGAAGGUGGUAUGUGCCACAAAUGCGUGGACACGGGCUCUUUUGCCGGAAUUCAAGGACAAGAUUGUUCCUGUCAAAGGUGUUGUUUCACACAUCAAGCCAAUUUCAAAAAAUCCUGGUAAGCUCAGUUUCAACUACUACCAUACAUUCCCUAUCGAAAGUGAUUAUGUCACAGCGCACACGGAUAUGUCAAUGAUUGCCGGCGGUGGUGGACCAACUUACCUGACUUAUCCGAACAGUGCCGACAUGUUCAACAACUGCGAUGACACAUAUGCCCCCGAGGAUACCCUUGACUACUUCAAAGACUACCCAAAUAAGUACUACCCCGAGUUUGCAAAGGGGUUGAAAUUUGUCAACGAUUAUACCUGGACUGGCUGCAUGGCAUACUCAAAUGAUGAGUUUCCAUUUGUUGGUGAUAUGUCUCCAUUUGGGCGUAAAAAUCUUUACAUUAUUGCUGGGUUCACUGGACAUGGAAUGCCACGAAUUUGGAGUUGCGGGGAGUACGUCUCUGGACUA